GACUAUGAUACGCCGUGGCAUAUAGCUGCUGUCGGGAUCAUCUUCGCCAUUAGCACGUCCUCUGCUUGUUUCCCUAUGAUUGUGAAGACAUACCCAAGACUUCGGGUUCCCACGUCUUUUCUUUUCUUUGCUCGUCACUUCGGGACCGGAGUGCUACUCGCAGCGGCGUUUGUUCAUCUCCUCACCGAAGCGUUCGUCUCAUUGACAAGCAAAUGUCUCUCCGACUAUUGGACCAAGAGGUACCCCUCAACAGCAGGCGCCGUCUGUCUUGGGGCGAUUCUUCUCGUCACACUCGUAGAGAUGAUCUUCAGUCCGAAUCGUCAUCUCAUCCGAGAGAAAGUCCAAUACAUCGAGGAGCUUGAUGAAUCGAGAUCCAGCCAGGACGAGGCGGUGUUUCAUGACUUUAUAGAAAAUGCGAAGAGACAAAAUUAUGAAUUGGACGAAAUUAAGAAGGCAAGGAAGAGCCGCCAGUCAACUAGGUUUCAAGGAGCUAUAAACGAGAGCCAAGAAGACCUGGUCCAACCACAAGAGAUGCCAAAUGAGCGAAAGCUAAAGGUUACGGAGGUUGAAAGCAACUUUGAGUCGAUCCCAUUGUCACCAGAGCAGAAGUUCCAAAGGAUGAGAGUCCAAGUCACGAUGCUGGAGAUGGGUGUUCUCUUCCAUGGGAUCUUCAUCGGAAUGUCUCUCAGUGUCGCAGUUGGCAUGGAAUUUAACAUGUUCCUCGUUGCCUUCGGGUUUCACCAAUUGUUCGAGGGGUUGGCUCUAGGCUCACGAAUCGCGGCAUUGCCGUGGCCGAAAGGUUCGAAAAAGCCGUGGUUGAUGUGUUUAUCAUACGGAGCAACUGCGCCGGUCGGCCAGGCACUUGGAGUAGCCACUCAUUCAGCGUAUGACCCAAGCUCAGACACCGGGCUCAUCUUGGUCGGAAUCUUCAAUGCUAUUUCAUCUGGACUCCUGAUCUAUGCUGCUCUCGUCGAGCUUCUGUCCGAAGACUUUUUGAGCGACGAAAGUUGGCGUGUUUUGCGAGGGGCUCGACGUAGCUUUGCGUUCUUUAUGGUAUUUCUGGGUGCUUUCUUAAUGUCUUUGGUUGCGGCGUGGGCGUAA